UCGCUUUUGGGACAGGCCGGCCGGAAGGAAGCGUAAAGGAAUGGCGGGCGGUGGUUGGUGACAGCAACUCGCCUCCUUCCUCCCGCGCCUCCGUCCGCCUAUACCUGCCGCCACUGCCUCACUCUUCCUUCCGCUCGAGGCAGGCUAAGCUGUCGCGGCAGCAGCCAGUUGGUCUGAAAGCGAGAUGGAUUCCAGGAUCUCCCUCCUCUGCUUCCUCUUCCUCGCCGCCUCCCUCCUGCACUGCGCCAGAUCUGACAGCAACGAUGCUCAGCUUCUCAAGGGCAUCAACAGCUACAGAUCCUCGCUCAAGGUCCCGGCACUGACCGAGAACAAGAAUGCGGCGUGCCUGGCCGAGCAGCUCGCGAAGCAGUUCAAGGGGCAGCAGUGCACCAACACCACUGGCGCCAACACCGUCAUCGGCACCGAGCAGCAGUUCCCGGACUACCCCAAGUACCUGGACCACUGCCACCUGAACGCGUCGGUGACCGAGGACGGCCAGGUGAUGCCGGCCUGCGUGCCGGGGCUCGUCCCCGCCGUCGUGCUCACCAACUACACCAAGUCGCAGUACAACCGGUUCCUGAACGACAGCCAGUUCUCCGGCGUUGGGAUCGCCAACGAGGGGGAUUGGGUCGUCGUCGUGCUCAGCACCAGCACGGGCUCCGGCGACUACUCGCCGGCUCCGCCAGGCUCCAACUGGGCCGCUCCGGUUCAGCCGUUCAGCCAUAUGAUUCUUUUGUUGGUAGGAUGUGUAAUUUUGCUGAUGAAGUGAGAGGUUGAUCAUACUGAUACACAAAGAAGAGCACAGCUUGCAUUUGUGUGGUUCAUUCUGUAUCAUUCGAAUUUCAGUUUUUUUUAUGAAACAUUCGAAUUUCAGUUGAA